AUGAACACAUCUACCGGCAUAUGCACGAGUUUGUACACCUGCCCCGACGACCACAAUCCGCAGGUCAGCGGAUCUUUGGAAGGCACCAGGAAUUGGAUGUGUGACAAGUUGAAGCACGAUGUCAACGAUCCGCUUGACCCUUGCUCCGAGUGCCGUCAAUUUGGUGGAGCGAACCACGAGUGCACCCUUGAGCCCAGCCUCUCCUACAAUGAGGUCGUUUAUAACCUCAUGAAGAACCGAAUUGAGGAAGGCUACACCCUUCUUCCUCCCAAGGAUCGCACCGAGGGCACAGAAGAGGAAAACGCUGGACCAAUGACCCAAGUCAAGGAAGGCUGGAAGGGCGAAACCCAAGAGGAACUCCUUGCAAAGCCUGACUUUCUGCCUGAGGGCGUCCGCGAUUGUCCCAGAGCCUACGUUACUGACCCUGGCAAGUCCGAACGAACGGCCAAGAGCCUUCAAUAUUGCCUGGAUCACCCCGAGGAGUCUGUGCAGCAGUUGGGAGUGGCCUCACGUCCUCACCCUCGCAGAUCACUGAGCAGCAACCAAAGCACUCCCGCACCUUCGAAGGAACAGACACUUUUGCCGGCGCUAUGGAUCUUCUUUCCGAUGAAGAAGAUAACAGUUACGCAGGCAAUUGCAUGGAUUUGUACUGAUCAUCUUGACCAUCCGCCUGCUCUUGAAGGUUUCCUUCUCUCUUCCAUCUACCACUGUCGACCAACUUCCGCAGUCCCCUUCUUGGAUCAUUAUCGAGUUAAAUCCGCAACCCCUGCUCAAAUCGCUGUCGAGUCACGUCCGCAGUUCCCUUCACACUUAGCUGUCGAAUAA